AUGUGCAGCAGCUCCUGUCUGCACCGCAGAGGCACCUGUGUGGAGGCAGGGUCUGUGAAGGAGCAUAUUGGAGGAGAUCUCUCUCUGGGGGCCUGGGUCAGAAGGUAUUACACCUUACUCCUCAUUACCCUCCGACAACUCCCAGAGGCCUUUACUCUCAUGCUACCAUUGCACAUCCUAGUCUCACCAGUAGGGGGUGGUAUUGGCACUCGUUUCCCAGCAGUGGCCUUCGGGAUAGACAGACCAAAUGCCAGCGCAGUCUUAGGAGACCCGGUGGAGUUCAGAGGUGUAGGGGCGUGUGGUGGGGUGAUGGGGGCAUGCUGA